AGUGCGUGGCCGGGGUGAGCCCGUACGGCGCAGCGUGUGAAGCGCCAACCCCCAGGUCCCAUUCGAAAAGCAUGCAACUGAAGCCAUGAGUACAAAUAAACAGUGGGAUGUUAACAAAGCGCUGGCUGUUGCCAGCCUCUUCCAUUUUUUUUACAGUGCAGGAAACGCCUGUGUCAUUCCAUUUUUAACUCUUUACUUCCGGCAGCUGGGGUUGACAGCCCCUUUAGUAGGUAUUAUCAUAGGAAUUAAGCACUUGAUAUCAUCUCUCUGGGCUCCACUAUGCUCCUACUUUGCAAAGAGCCACAGUAAAAGGAAAGUUCUCAUUACUGGAUCAUUGCUGUGUUCAGUGGGAACCGGUUUGCUGCUUACACUUGUCCCACCCUUGAGCAAGGAUGUCAUGUACAAAUAUUGUAAUAUAAGCCAGCAAUCAAGUAGCUUACUGAAUGCAGUAGAGGUGCCUGACAUGAGUCUGAACAAUCUGAGUGCUGUAAAUCCCAAUACUGUUACCAAUAAAGAAAUGGUAUCUGCAGAAACACUAAGAACAGCUACAAAUGUUUUGGUGAUGAGUGGAAAGCCACCGCUGACAAGUUCAGCUUUCCAAGAAUUGUUUACCUUUAUGGAUGCACAAAAGAAGAAUGGUGAAAGAACUGGUGAAGUGGGCACAACUGCAGACCUUUACCAUAAUAGGCCUUCUGGCAAGAUAGCUUCUAUGAAUGCAAUUAACCAGAUGAUACAAGAACUUGAGACACUCGCUUCAAAUGAAACACAAAUCCGUAGGCUUGAGAAGGAAAGCAAAACUCCAGAGGUUGAGCUGCUGAAUGUGAAUGGUAACCCUGAGAAAAACCUUUCUAUUGGUGGAAGUACUGAAUUUUCUUUAUUUCAAACAAACCCUCACCCUGCUGGUCGAGCUUCUUAUGUUUUUGAGACUCUGUCGAGUCACCCUGAGAAAGUUCGGGAUGUCAACUUUGAGCUCCUACAAGAUAUUAACUUUCUUGACCGUGAGCACCAGAUUUUUCUCAUGGUGCUAGGUGCUGUUGUGUUUUGGGAGCUGUUGGCUGCUCCUCUCGAAUGGAUGGUUGAUGACAGUCUUUAUGAAUAUCUUGACUUUGUUGACGCAACUGACAGAUAUGGGAAGCUUUGGGUUUGGAGUUAUUUGGGUGCAUCUGGAGGAGCCUGCAGUAUCACCAUAUUUGUGGAUCAGUUGAACUGCUUCCUCAGUGCUAAAAUCUCUCGUCUCUCUGUGCACUUCUAUGGCUAUGCUGUACUGAUCACACUCACAUUGCUCAUCAGUGUCUUUCUUCCUAUCCAUGUUUCCAAGAAAACAGAGCAUGUGAACAAAACUGUCAAAGCUCUGAACCUCAUUGGAAGUGAUGGCCGAACAAUUCUCUCUGCUGUCACCGUCUUCCUUACAGGAGUCAUUGGAUCUACUGUGCAGAAUUUUCUCUUCUGGCAAAUGCAGGACCGAGGCAGUAGUGAAUUAUACAUGGGUCUCUCAGUGGCUAUUGGACUGAUUGCUGAAAUUCUGCUUUAUAUCUUCAAAAGCAAGUUACUAAGGGCUCUCUCAAGUAGUGGUACUGUUGCACUGAGUUUAGGCUGCCUUUCAGCACAGCUUCUGUACUAUUCGUUCCUGUGGAAUGCGUGGUCAGUACUGCCUACUCAGAUGUUGUGUGCCUUCAGCAACGGUGCCUUAUGGUGGGCAGUUAAUAUGUUGGUUGACGAUGUAGCCAGUCCUGGGACGGAGAGAGCUCUGCACAUUGUCCUCCAGGGCCUCUCACAUGGUUGUGGAGCUACCGUGGGAAGCUUUGCAGGGGGAUUUGUUGUGAGCAACUUUGGCUUGGCAGUUCUGUACAGGGCAUGCUCUAUAAGUUUGGCACUGUGGUUAAUCUUGUUCCUGAUAGUCCAGUCUAAGUUGCCUCGGCAGAAAAAAAUUAAUUAUUCUCGUCUCCUGGCUGCAGAUCCUAGUGAUGAGAGUGACUCAGACGAGGAGAAGGAAAGGGACUGGCUAGUGAAAGCUAUGAAAGAUGAGAACUUCAAUAGGAAUUGGUAACAUAAUCACAUUUGAUCAGCUAAUCUGCAGUAGAACAGAUUCAGAGUGUAAAGAUGAAAUUAUUAGGCAAGAGGGAAGGAAAUGCCCAGGAAUGACUAAUAAUUCCUAAGUGGUGGAGUAUACAGUGUACAUAUUUGCUUGGAAAGCCAUGUAUAAAAACUAUGUUUUAUAAAUCUUUUAUUUUCUUAAGAUUAAUUUAUAGUAAAUAUUUGUAGCAUUUUUUAACUUAAUCAUUAUGUUUCCUAAAUCCAAGUGGAAGGCCUUUUGAGAUAUGCAUUUGCUAAAAUAAAUAGAUCUCCUAAGUCCCAGGACGCUGCUGUAACCACAGUGCUAUCCUUCCUCUACCUGGACUCUGUGCAGACUGCAUCUCCAUAUUAAGGGUAGAGAUGGAUAGAGCCCCAUCUUUUAUAUCUUUCAAAAGAUAGCUGCUACCUGCUUUAUUUUGUGCAAAUUAAACAUGGCACUUUUUACACCCCUUUGAUUGGGGUCAGUUUGGGCAACGUGUGUUUUUAAAGUACAUUAUUCAGUGCCUUUGGACAGGAAUAUAUCUGCAGUUCUCAGGGGCUGGUAAAUGAGUAACUUUAAAGAACCCCUGAGAUUUGUCCAAUUAUAAUCUCAAAAGCAUGCAAAUGCCAGCAUAGUUUUCUUCAUAGGCACCUGCAAAAUAAAAAUGAUUUGGCUGACCUCACCAAAAUGUCCAUAUUAGACUUUAUUAAAAAUGGGCCAUGAGUCUUUUUGCCCUUCAGGCUAAGGUUGAGUGUAGUGCCAGUGUAGUAGUUAUAUUGUCUUUCAAAAGUUUACAUUCUUCCUUUGCAGACGGAUGAGGUUUAAUACUUAGUGGGUGUUUAGAUAUAGUUUGCUAGUUCAUGCUUAAAGUUUUACAAACCAUGAGAGUGGUAGCUGCAAGCAAACUAAAUAUUUUGGCACAUUUAACAUGCAAUAGAAGCAGGGCUCAUAAAAGAGCUGUAAAUAAAAUAAUAUGCACUUGGCUUAAUUAAUGUUUGACCUAACACCUUCCUAAUUCAGUAGGAAGUGGCACAGAAGCGACCAGCAAGAAAAGGGGAUACCAUUGAGUGGUAUUUUGUUGCUAGUUACACAUCAGUAACUACUGAUCUGUAUGUCAGUCAUUUCAACCCAAUAAGCUGCCUUCAACUUGCUGGCACAAAUCCACUUUGCCUUGCAGCAUACUCUACUAGAAAUGCUUUAUAUAGAGAAUUGUCUUAGUGCCAAGAAUAGCUACAAAACUUACGUUAUCUUGUCCAUCAGAAGGAAAAAAAAAAUGUUACUAUCUUAUAGGAAUUCAAACCAAACAAGCUGGGAACAAUUUUAGUGUCAAAAUAGUUUGCAUCUCAGCCCUAUUAUCGCGUGAUACCUCAUCAGCAAGUGGUGGUCAGUAGUACUUAGCACUAAUUAUCUUUUAACUUUAAAAAAAAAGUAUCUGACAGAAGCCAUAAGUAAAAUAAAGAAAUUGCGAGUACAUUAUUUAAAGGGACAGCAUCUGUUAGACACUCUGAUACAUGGGGAUGUUUAGAUAAAUAGAACUUAAAUUUGGCCCAAAAUUUAGUAAAAUCAGGCUUUUGUAAAACCUCAGACCAAUGGAAAUGUACAUUUUUAAAGUCCAGUGAAAACAGGUUUUUUUUAAUCAGAAACAGUCCCCUUCAGUGGUUGAAACUCUAGAUUUUACAGCACAAAAAUCUGGAAGUGAAACUGACUCAGGGCUCGUCUACAACAGACAUUAACUACGUCUGUUUCUACUUAAAUCUGUGCAACACCUUUGUGUAGACACUUCCCAUCCCUUUCUCUGCUUGAGGCUGUGUCUAUCUCUCCAGUACUCCCUUCCCCAGCAAUGAACAGUGAGGGCAGUGUGCAGAAUAAUAGGUGAUUCUCCUGCCCUUCAGAGGCUCAACUUGCUGGUUCGACAGCAUCCCCAGGCCCUUCCACCCACCAAAGCAAGGGACAAAAUUUAAUUGUCCUUGACAUUCACUUAACACCUUUUAGUUGGUUUUUUUUAGCUGUAAUUCCAUUUGCUUUAGUUGGCUUCUGUCAUAUCCCUAGCAUUCUUUGAACAACUAUGAACCUUGUCAAGGCUUUUAAUGAUAUUAGGACUCAAAAAACAACAACCCCAUGUCAACUAAACUGCCAUUGUGUAGAGUACGUAUUCACUCUCGUAAAAUAAGUGAUGAAUGGGUACGCUUGGUGGAUUUAGAAAUACACCCGCAUCAACAACAUGUACUUAGAUCACCUACUAAUAGACCAAAAUUAUUAAUGAAAUUCCUGCAUGGAUGUUUUCCUGUUUCACUAUCAUUUAUUGUUAUUAAUAGGAGUGUCAUAUGUAAGAUAUGGGAGCUAACUGUCAUGCUCUACUUGGCACUGGAGAGGUCAAGUCCAGUACUAUGUCCAGUUCAGGGCACCACACUUUAAGAAAGAUGUGGACAAAUUAGAGAGAGUCCAGAGGAGAGCAACAAAAAUUAUAAAAGCUUUAGAAAACCUGACAUAUGGGGAAAGGCUAAAAAAACUGGAUGUGUUUAGUCUUGAGAAAAGAAGACUUGGGGGUGGUCGCUGGGGGGACCUGAUAAGUCUUCAAAUAUGUAAAAGGUUGUUAAAAGAGGAUGGUGAACAAUUGUUCUCCAUGGCAACUGAAGGUAGGACAGGAAGUAAUGAGCCUAAUCUGCAGUAAGGGAGAUUUAGGUUAGAUAUUAAGAAAAAAAUUCGAACUAUAAGCAUAGUUAAGCUCUGGAAUAGUCUUCCAAGGGAGAUUAUGGAAUCCUUGUUUUUUGAGGUUUUAAGAUCAGAUUAGAUUGAUUUUGGUAGGCAAGGCCUCAGUCACUAAAAUCAGCAGAUUGGUUGUGUAAGAAGAUGUCAACAUAGUCACUUUGCUGACCAUAACUAAUCUUUAAACUCUGCAGAACAUUACACAACUCUGAUUCAAAUAGCCAGAAUUUGAAUAACUGGUUGCAUCAUCUUAUGUUUUUAUUUUUAUCACUGAAACCUAAGAAAAUUACCUUCUUCACCAUUCUAAGUUCUAGCUUUUUCAUCUGUGUCCUAUACAAACCUUGUAACCAGAGCUGUGUGCAGCAGGGUGGCUUCAUUUCACAGUGUGAUGCUGAAACUUUUCCUUUAGUUUCUAUUCAUGUGUGGUUCACAUUUUCUGAGAUUUCCUUAAAGUUGCACGUUCCAACAGAACUACAAUCUCAAAGCAAAACUCAGGUGAAAUUGUAAAUUUUUCAUGCUUUUGAUUCAGAAUUGUAAGAAUUGUCCUGGGUGCUCCAAAAUGAUUCCGUGGACUCAGGAAACCUUUCCACAAAGCUUUUUUCACUUGAGUUUGUAAUGAAAUAUAAAGCCAGGUGAGUUUCUAGAAAGGAUUUCAGGUUUUGUAAUGUAUACUUGCCCCAGCUCUGCUUGUAACAAAUAGAUCUCUUCUAGUCCAUUACCUUAGGGUGGCUCCAGUUAGCUGUAACUUCACAAAAAUGUCAGAUAUUUUCAGCAAUGUUCUAUUACAAAUAGGAAUAUUUGCAUGUUCCAAAACUUAAAAUCUGGAGCUCUCCUGAAUCUGCCCCCUUUUAUCAUGGAAUAUGCUGCCUUUCAGCAGUAAGACUUUCCAUAUUACUUUACCAGUAAAAAUGCUGCUCAUUCUUUUUGCCUGUCUCUGAAAUAUACGCUGUUCUGAGGGCUGUGUGAAUGGUGUGCUCCAAAUCAGAUUUAAGCUCUUGGAAGAGUGAAAUAAGAUUGGAACUCGAUAUUGAAUUGCUAAUGUUGCAAAUUCUCCAGAUGGUACCUUCUGUAGACUUUAUAAUUGAAGAUACCUUGUACACACUUUGAGAUAUUAAGCAAGUAUUGACUCUUGAAUAGGUGAACAUGUAGGGAACUAACCCAAGAGAUAAAUAUUGACUGAGACAGAUAUCAAUAUUUACCCUGAGAAUUCUUGGAGCUUAUUAAACAUGAAGUCAGCAUACAGUAUAUAUUGCUACAUUCAUUCAAAAAGACAUAUUUUUAAAGACCCAGUUUCUACUUGUUCAGGGGCAGAGACUAAGUCUUCCUAUGUGUGUGUGUGUACAUUGCAUAGCUUAACUGGCCUCAAUCCUCAUUGGGACCUCUGGGCACUACUGUAAUACAAAUACUGUUACUGUGCCCAAAGUCAAUGAUGCAUACAAAUUAGGUAAAGAAAUGCCUAAAAUGCUAGUAGUUUGUGACCCAAGAAUAGAGGCUAGAUUGAGGCACCUUUACAAAUUUAAUCUUAAUAUCUUCAUUUGUAAUAUUUAGAAAUUUUUCUGCUAUGGCUAUGGAUUUCUAGUAUAACAGUUUGCUUUCUUCAUCUAUUCUAACUUCCUUCUUCUAGGGUUUCUAUAGUGACGAUCACUCUAGUAUCUAAAACUACUCCCUCCCAGUCUAACGGGGAGAUAACGUUAGAUGGCUAGUGAAAAAGUAUAGUCCUGUGAUCCAGCCAGCCAGGUAACAGAACUUUGUGUAUGUGGUUUGAUUGGACAUAGAAUGAAUUCAAAAACAUCUUGUAAUUUGACCUCUGAGCCAGUCAUGUUACUGUUGUUUGCAUAUGCAAUCUAAUUAUUAACGAUGAUUCCAGAGUUCCCUACUGUUGAUCCCUAUGGAGUUAAGCAAUAGAAAACAGCUGAAUUAUCACAUGACUUGUCAAGUAAUCAGGAGCCAAACAUUUAUUUUAUAGUUCUUCCACAAGAAUAGGAUUUCAGGUUCACCAAACUGAAAAGAGCUGGUAAAACCUGGAUGUAGGAACCUAGAUUUUGCAGGUAACCAUCACUGCCUUGUGUUGCCCAGUGAUAUAUUUGAAUGUGAACAUAGGCAGAAGUUUAACAAUGUGGCGGUUAAUUGACAGUACAUGGCCCUUGCUUCAUCAUGGAAGCAUUUUUGAAGGCUUUGAUUCUUGUGUAUUUUGUUGUGUGCGCUUGGCUCUAUAUGAAAAUUUCUUAUUGUCUGCUCAAAUAAUUGCCUUUUUAAAGAGCUCUGAAUCACCAUGUCUGUCUUAAUGUUUUCCCACCUGCAGUUUAAUCUUUUUGGCAUUUGUCAGCAUAUCUCAAAUACCAUAGAGACUGUGUUACUGUUUUCUUGAACUGGGCAAUGCACUUUAAUAUUAAGCUUUUAAUAUAUGUACCCUUUCUACUGGAUAUCAAUGUACAUGCACCUUUUGGCUUUUUAUAGAAAUAACUAUGUACAGAGAAAUAGUUGGGCUUUUAAGACAUAUUAUUCAGUUACACUGGAAGUGUUGCUAUUAGUAAAUCAGUUCUUAUGCAGCCUAAUGUUAAAAUCCUUUUAGAACAGGGUCCAUUAAAGACUUUUAGCCUUGAAUUCUAGGACUUAAGAAGGCUGUGCAUGUAGUCAGACUUACACCUUUAUACUUGAGAAUUGAUUUGCACAGGGCAUGCUGACUGGAACAUAAAUGUGCUGGCCUGCUUGCUACUUGACUUCCAACCUUACCAUGUGGAACGUCCAACACAUCUGAAUGUAACUUUUUCAUUUGAAAUUACUUCUGCCGUCCGUUUUGCAAAGUGAUUUUAUUUGAUGAUGAUAGCGUGUACUGUGGAGCAAACUGACCUUCAUGCUUUAAUUGGAUCAUAAACUCAGCCAUGUGAUUCUUUAACUGUUGCUAGAUUAAAUCCUGUAUUUUUAGUAGCACAGUAUAAAUGUCUAAAACAUUCUCAUUUUGGCCAAUAGUGAUUUACAUUCCUGAAGAAGAGAAUAUCCCUGUAAAUAUUCAACUCUUCUGUUGAUCAAACUGUUUACACUGUUGUUUUUCCCUGCAAUGCAGAGCAGUGAAAACAAAUCUGAGGUGAUUCUCAUUGAGAGCUCACAAAUGGGUUUUAUGGCAGAUGAUCUUCAUUUAAUGAGUUGAGUCACAGUCAGAUGCUGGGAUUCUUUUACAUUUUACAUGUCUAAUUGAGGUACAAUAAUUAGCGGCUUGAUUUUAAAAACAAAUUGAAGUAUAAAUAAACCAACAGGUGUUUGUACUUGUACAGGAAACAGCCAUUUCCUGCCUUUGCAGAGAUUUUGUUUGCCUCAUUAACAAUAAAUGAUUUGACCAAAAGUUGAAAAGUACAGUGCAACUCCUAAAAACUUUUAGUGCAUGAACUAGGAAGCCCAAGGUACUCCUUGGGCUGAACAGCUCAUGAAAAUACUGAGGUUAUAUAUUUUCCAAAAAACACAAUCUCGUCAACUGCCAGAUAUUGCAUUCCUUAAUGCCCUAAAUUACUGCAUUAAUACAGUGCAGGUGAUGGUACUGUAUUUGCAAAUCAUUGAUUAUUAAGAGGGGGAAAAGGUAUUCACGUCAACUGCUGUGAAUAAUCACAGGUCAUCCAUGCUGGGUUCUGCUGCUGUCUUUCAAUUUGAAAUCAACAUUUCCAGAAUCCUCUGCCUUUCAUAAACACUUCCUCAUUUGUCAUCUGUAUAUAUUUGCACUGAGUUUACAAGCAGAAUAAAUACCUUUUUAACU